UGCAACGAGUACCCUCAUAACCGAUCAGAUAGUCAAGUAAGUGAGACGUAGAUUUCAUCAGAUCCGUCGGAAACGGAUUGAAACCGAAAAUAUCGAGUGAUAUAAGCGCGUAGCUUUGCCUAUUUCUAUAAAAGUUUCAGCUCAUCUGCUGAUUUUGUCGAAUUAAGAAGAUUCACAAAAUCGUAGGUAAGAGGAAAACGUCGUACGGAAGAUUUUGUGCGAUUAGAGCUAACAGUGUCACCCCAUUGUCCACCUGAUCUUGUAGUACCGAGUCAAAAUGAAGUUCAACCUGGUUGCUGCCGUUCUCGUAGCCGGGCUCUGCAUAGUCCGUGCUGUUGACUACAACUCCUCCGACGUCAAUCAGUUCACCGCCCAGUUUUCCUCCAUCAACCACGUUCAGGAUGAUCUACAAACGUUCACCAAUCAGCAGUUGGACAAAUCGUAUGACUUCCUGCUGCUGGCCUUCACGUUCGACAAGUACGAUCUGGACCGUCCCGGAUUCGAGAAGCUCUACCGUAAGAUUUCCGACAAGGCCUGGGAAGAUACGAUUGCACUAGUCAAGUACCAGAGCAAACGUGGUUUGAUUGUCAGUCUGGAUGGAGUCCAAUCGGGAGUCGUUAACCAGUUGAACGAGGGCAAGGUCGGUAAAACCAGUCUGCUCGAUAGCAACGAACUAUCAUCGCUGAAGGUCGCCCUGGGAUACGAGAAGAUCUUGGCCGACGAGAGUCACCGCAUCCACAAGAAGAUUUCCCAUGCCCACGACAAGGGAGCCGCCUACGAUCCAGACGUAGCUCACUACUUGGACGAGGAGAUCAUCGAGUACCAGAGCGGAACGAUUCGCAAGCUGACCGGCUACAUCCACAAUCUGCACAGCAUCAUCGAGGAGUCCAACACCAAGGACAUGGGUAUUCAUAUGUUCGAUGAGUACUUGAGUUCGGUGGAAUAAGUACAGGAGGACAUUCAACUCGUUUUAGUUGUGUAGAAUACAGAAACAUUCUUUCCACAGUUUUCCCCCCAUCAGUUAUUAGAAUACAGUACAAGUUUUUCUAAUCCUAUUGUCUGAUUGUAUGAAUAAAAGUCUGGCAUAAGCGGAAACAUA